CCUGCGCGCUGACGGAUCAGUCAUCCAGACGGUGGCUGCACCGCGCACACGCAGACAGCGCAUCUUUCCAGUGGAGCGUCGAGAGGCAGACGGAAAUGAGCAGAACCCUGCAGACUGGGCCCAGCAAACAUGGAUCUCUGUAGAACCCUGACUGUGCUGCUGUGGAUUUUAUUCCUGAUUCGGGUCCAAGACUGCCAAGGAGAGGAAGUGGUGCUGCUGAACUCCAAGGAGACUCAGGCAGAGCUUGGCUGGAACUCUUAUCCCGCCAACGGAUGGGAGGAGAUCAGCGGCGUGGACGAGAAGUAUAAACCCAUCCGGACAUACCAGGUGUGCAAUGUGAUGGAGCCCACGCAGCAGAACAACUGGCUGCAGACGGGCUGGGUGGCCCGUCGAGGCGGACAGCGCAUUUUUGUUGAGCUCCAGUUCACGCUUCGCGACUGUAACAGCAUUCCUGGAGUGGCCGGGACCUGCAAGGAGACUUUCAACCUACUGUAUGUUGAAUCGGACCGGGACCUGGGCAGUGUAACUCGGGAGGACCGCUACACCAAGAUAGACACCAUCGCUGCAGAUGAGAGCUUUACGCAGGGCGACUUAGGAGAGAGGAAAAUGAAGCUCAAUACUGAGGUGCGAGAGAUCGGCCACCUGAACAGAAAGGGCUUUCACCUUGCGUUCCAGGAUGUCGGCGCCUGUGUCGCUCUGGUGGCCGUGCGAGUUUACUACAAACGCUGCCUCGCAACCGUCCAGAACCUGGCAGUGUUCUCUGACACUGUGGCCGAAGCAGCCUUUGCCACUCUGGUGGAAGUCCGCGGCACCUGCGUCAACAACUCUGAGGUGGACACAGAUAGCCCUCCCAAAAUGCAUUGCAGCACUGAGGGCGAGUGGCUGGUGCCCAUCGGAAAGUGCAGCUGCAGCGCGGGCUAUGAGGAGGGACACAGCAGCUGUGAAGCAUGCCCACCCGGAUCCUACAAGAUGUCGUCCCGGCAGCAGGAGUGUUUCCCGUGUCCGGCCAACAGCGUGGCAGAGGAGGAAGGAUCUGUGGUGUGUGUGUGUGAAGAAGACCACUUCAGGACCCCUCUGGACAGCCACUCUGCUCCAUGCACAAGGCCCCCAUCCCCACCCAGAAACCUGGUGUACUCCCUGAGGCAGUCCUCGCUGGUUCUGGAGUGGGCCCCACCCUCAGACACCGGGGGCCGCGUGGACCUGACCUACAGCGUGGGCUGCCGGCGCUGCGUCGGGGUCCAGUACGAACCCUGUGGGGCCAGUGUGGGCUUCGUGUCUCAGCAGGUUGGACUGACGGAGAGGAUGGUGACGGUGGUUAAUCUUCUCCCAAACACCAACUACACGUUCACUGUGGAGGCCCUGAACGGAGUGUCGGAGAUGCUGCCCAGUAAGAGGUUCUACACGCAGGUCAACGUGUCCACGAGUGUGCCCGCUCCGUCUCUGAUCAGUGAGCUGCGAGUAGAGAAGAUUGAGGAGAAGAGCAUCACCUUGGUGUGGAGAGAGCCCUCGUACCCGAACAACAGCCGCACAGAGUAUGAAGUCAAGUACUACGAGAAGGAACAAAAGGAUCAGGGUUAUUCCACCGUGAAGACAGCAACCACUCGGAUCAGCGUCAACAACCUGAAACCAGGCACCACCUACGUCUUCCUUAUCCGUCCCUUCUCAACCCCAGCUCCUUCCUCAUCCUUGUCUUCUUCUGCUGUCUCAUCAACCUCUUCUACUUCUGCCUCCUCUUCUUCAUCAUCGUCGUCCUCCUCAUCCCCUCCCCCCAUAGACUAUGGAGCGUACAGUGCACCCCUGGAGCUGCAGACUCUAGGAGAGUUGGCCCUGGUGUCCAGCGAACAGAACCCAGUGGUGAUCAUCAUCAUCGUGUCUGUGGCUGCCCUCAUCAUGCUGCUCUCCAUGGGAGUGGGACUGCUCAUCUGGAGAAGACAAUGCGGCUACAGCAAAGCUUCUCAGGAGGGAGACGAGGAACUUUACUUCCAAUUUAAAAUCCCAACACGGAGAACCUACAUCGACCCAGAGACCUGCGAAGACCUGCUGCAGGCCGUGCACACAUUCGCCAAGGAGCUGGACAACCAGAGCAUCAAGAUAGAGAGGAUCAUGCACACAGGUGACUUUGGAGAGGUUUGCCGUGGCUGCCUGAAGCUGCCCAGUAAGAGAGAGCUGCCCGUGGCCAUCAAGACGCUGCGGGCUGGCUGCUCCGACAAACAGCGACGCUCCUUCCUGAGCGAGGCCGGCAUCCUUGGACAGUUUGACCAUGGAAACAUCAUCCGGCUGGAAGGUGUCAUCACCACCGGAAACACAAUGAUGAUCGUGGUGGAGAGCAUGGCCAACGGAGCCUUAGACUCCUUCCUCAGGAAACAUGACGGCCAGCUGAGCGUCAUGCAGCUGAUGGACAUGCUGACCGGAGUGGCUUCAGGGAUGAAGUACCUUACUGAGAUGGGCUUUGUGCACAAACGGCUGGCAGCACACAAGGUUCUGGUGAACUCUAACCUGACCUGCAAGGUGUCGGGCUUCAGACCUCUUCAGGAGGACAAGAUAGAGGUCAUCUACACCACUCUGCAUGGAGGGAAGAGCGUGGUUCUGUGGACCGCACCAGAGGCCAUCCAGUACCACCGCUUCUCUUCAGCCUCCGACGUCUGGAGCUUCGGCAUCGUCAUGUGGGAGGUCAUGUCCUACGGAGAGAGACCCUACUGGGACAUGGGAACCCAGGAUGUAAUAAAGGCCAUCGAGGACGGCUUCAGGCUGCCUGCUCCGGUAAACUGUCCUCAACAUCUGCACCAGCUGAUGCUGGACUGCUGGCAGAAGGAGAGGACGGAGAGGCCCAGUUUCAGCCAGAUCCACUCAGCGCUCAGUAAAAGCAUCCGAUCUCCGGAUGGGAUCGGCUCGUCCACACUGGCCCGCAGAACGCUGAGUUCAUCCAUCACCCUGACUGAGCGGCCACUUCCCACCUUCCCGUCCUUUAACUCUGUGGGAGAGUGGCUGGAUGCUGUGGAUAUGGGCCGAUACAAGGACAACUUCACUGCUGCAGGAUACUGCUAUCUGGAAUCUGUGGCUCGGAUGACCGUACAAGACGUCCUGAGCCUCGGCAUCACCUCCGUGGAUCAUCAGAAGCUGAUCCUGGCAGCCAUCCAGACACUCCGGGCACAGGUGAUCCAGAUGCAUGGCCGGGGGGUGCAGGUCUGACUGGUGGACUCACCUAGCUCCGGUUGCUGCAGCACACCUAUAGGUGUGUAGGUGGAGAGGACGCAGGAGCUCUUCCACACUGAAGGAAUGACGAGCAGAUGUUUCACUCCUCUUGCAUUCCUUCAUCCCUACUUCCUGUUUUCAAAGAGGAGAUGAGUGGUCUGACCUGAGAACUGCAGAAUAGGGAUGUCAUGUGACUUAUUGUGACUUCUACCGGCUGCUUCUGGCUGACUCUGGAUCAGAGCGUUCGACAGGUUUGGCCCUGCAGCUCAUUUUGGUGAAAUUUCCCUUUAAGACGAACCUUCUGGGAGACAGGAGCUCAUGUUACCAAACAGCGCUGAUCCGAUUGAAUGAAUAACUGGUCUCACCGCAGCAGCUGAGGAUGCUGGAGCUGUCCAAGCAGACCGAGCUUCAGUCAGUGACAACGUUCUUAUAUUGCUUCUGUCCCAAUCAGAGUCUGGUGGUGAAACAAACAAUGUAAAAGGUUCAAACUUUGCUUUCAUUGGUGGGUUUGGUUUUUCUCUUCUCCUUGGUGCUUUUCCCUGGUUUUCUUUGUGCUGGAUGUCAUCUCAGUCACAGAAUCCUCCUCAUGUUUCUGCAAACACAGGGUACAUCACAAAAAAUGUGUAAAUCAGAGAAAAAGUUCAUUAUUUGUUGUCACUCAUUUCAGUAAGUGAAAUUGGCAUAUUAUAUAGAUUCAUAACACAUAGAGCAAAGUAUUUCAAGCCUUCAUAUCUUCAUAUGUUGAUUAUUCUAGCUUCAAGAUAAUCCAAAAGUCCCAGAUAAUUAGAACACUGUGAAAAAGUUAAAUAUUGGAAACUCAUUGGGUCUCACCCUAAUCAGCUAAUUACUUACAAACACCUGAGCCUCUAGAUGGUCUCUCAAAGUGGGUCAGUAGGAGACACAAUCAUGGGGAUUGCUGCUGACUAGAAAGAUGUCCAGAAGACAGUUCUUGACACCCUCUUCAAGGAAGGGAAACCACAAAAGGUCAUUCCCAAAGAAGCUGUCAUUCCCACACAGCUCUGUAUCCAAGCAUAUUCACAGAAAAUUGAGUGAAAGGAAAAAGUGCACCAGGAACAGGGAUAACUGCAGCCUUGAGAGCUUUGUCAAGCAGAAUCCAUUGAAGAGUUUGGGGGAGCUUCACCGGACCUAGGAUGUAGUCAGCAUAUCAAGAACCGCUACGCACAGACAGAUCCUACACCUGCGCUACAAGCGUCUUACCUGGGCUGAGGAGAAACAGAACUGGACUGUUGCUCAGUGGUCCAAAGUUUUCUUUUCAGAUGAAAAUAAAGUUUGCAUUUCAUUUGGGUCCCAGAGUCUGGAGGAAGAGUGGAGAGGAACAGAAUGUUGUUUAAAGUCCAGAGGGAAGUUUCCACAGUCAGUGAUGAUAUGGGAUGCCAUGUCAUCUGCUGGUUCUGGUCCACUGGGUUUUCUGAAGUCCACAGUCAACACAGCCAUCUACCAGGACAUUUUAUAGUGCUUCAUGCUUCCUUCUGCUGACAAGCUUCAUAGAGAUGCUGAUUUCAUUUUGCAGCCGAACUUGGAAGCAACCCACACUGCUAAAGGUACCAAGAGCUGGUCCAAUGACCGUGGUUGUACUGUGCUUGAUUGGUCAGCAAACUGGUCAGACCAGAACCCCAUAGAGAAUCUGUGGGGUUCUGUCAAGAAGAAGAGAGACACCAGAACCAACAAUGCAGAUUACCUGAAGGCUGCAAAGCAACCUGGGCUUCCCGAACACCUCAGCAGAACCACAGGCUGAUCUCAUCCAUGCCACGUCGCAUUAAUGCAGUAAUUUAUGCAAAAGGAGCCCCAACCAUUGAGUAUUGAGUUUAUAGAAAUGAAUAUAAUGUUCAGAAGUCUGACAUUCCAGUUUUCAUUUUCUGUAAGCCAGAAUCUUCAAAGUUACAAGAAAUAAAGGCUUGAAAUAUUUCACUCUAUGUGUGAUGAAUCUAUAUUAUAUAUGUGUUUUACUUCCUGACGUGAAUAUUGAAGUUUUUCCUGAUAUUCUAGUAUUUUACAUGUAUCCGUGGCAGCGAGGCAGACUCUGGAAGUUGGUCUGUUUUAAAGCUAUUUAUCCAUAUUUAUUCUGUCCACAGAGGACGGUUUUAUAUGUCUUGUUCUGUUUGAUUUGGACUCGGAGCUCGCAGUGGGGGGGUUGAACUGUCGGUACACAGUAUCUGUGUAUUCCUGAACAUCUCUGCUUUAACUGGACUUGGUGGUUCUGUGACAGCAUGUGUGAUGGACUCCAGUAUUUUAUGUUACGAUCAGAUGAUGUUGUUGCACUUCUUCUCUCUGUGCAGUGAGUUAAAGGUCUGGUUGGUUUGGAUUUGUUCUGAUUGACCCGGUCGCCACACUGAGCCAAGCUCCUAAUGUUUAAUACUGUAAAUAUGUAUCUGAAAAUGCCAAAUCUAUUUUUAUAAUUUGUUUGAACAAUGUGUUGAUUGAUCUAAUAUCUGCUCACAGUGUAAAGGUCUUACUGGUUACAUUUAGGGCCAUAGUUUCCAGAUUUGGAAUAUAAAACAGAUUUUAAAAGUUUCUUUUUGUUAGUUUUUGAUGAUUUUUACCCGUUAGAAGGAAAUCUGAUGGCUGUUGCAAUAUUUAAACGUCUUAUUAAAAAACUCCAACACUAACAAA